AUGAACACAUAUUAUCAUAACUUAUUGGAAUGUGCAAAAGAGAUCUCUGAACAUGUUUCAUCCAAACAUGUAAUUGAUAAAGAAAAUUUCGAUAUGUUGGAAACAUUUUUAUUUUAUAAUGAUAUAAUUUCCCAAUUAAAUUGUUGGAAUUCAAGUUAUCCUUACUUUUAUUCUAAAUUAAAUGACCAUCUGAUAGAACAGAUUACAAAAGAGUGGUUUUUAGGUAGAUUUCAUGGGAUUAAAGGUUUAAAUUAUAUUUUAUUAGAUAUAAUAAAUAAUAAAAAUGAGUAUAUCAAUAGAUAUGCAACAGUAGCUGAUAAACAAUUGGUUUUUAAUAAUUUUAAUUUUAUUUCCAAUUUAAUUCAACAAUUAACAACUCAAUUAAUUACUGGUUAUUAUAAUAAAAUUUUAGAACUUAAAUUUAAUAAAAUAUCAUCAAAAUACAAAUUAAACAUCAAUUUUAAUAAAAUUUAUAAAAUUCCAAUUCAUGUCAUAGACCCAUUCACUUCAUACACUCACCUAAUAAAAGAUUGGAGAAAUCAAGCAGUCUUUAAAUUUUUAACAAUUUAUAAUGAUUUAAAUGUUGAAAAAAAAGAAAAAUUAAUUAUACUAUUUAAGAAUAUUAAAAGAAAUUUAUUAAAAAUUCAUAAAAAUAAAAUUUUAGGUUCAGAUUUUUUAUUGUAA